AAUAACUAUUUUGAAUGAACUCCUGACUAUUUCAAAGUGUUCAUUUUGAAUUGAUGCUAAUGUGUUAAUAAAUUUUAAUGCAUUGUCUACGAAUAUGGUCGAUAAUCAUACCAAUAGUUAUGAUUAUUGUGAGACACAACUCAUGUCUUAGUACCAAAAAUGUUUUAUUGGAUGGUGGUUAUAUUGGAUGUCUGUACCAAGAAGUGUGCCUGACUGGGGAGAUAUGUCAUAAUGAUUCGCUUUUCGGAAGGUGUGUUCCUGAAAAUGUCCAGCACGAGUUGUUUGAUGCUACCUAUUCACAAAUGCACAAAAUGAAAUCGCUUCCUUCGUUUAUUCGACCACAAAACUACAACUGGGCUGACACAACCCUUCAAUGUUUGUUAAGAACAAUGAUUCUAGAGUAUGAAUAUCAUUCAAUCUUUGUUGACCCCAAAUCGUUUUGUUUAUACCAGUAUGAUAUAGAGGAUGGUGAUAAUAUUGAUGGUCAAUUCCGUAGUCAGUAUGUAAAACGUGAUGUAAGGAAAAAUCGUGGAUAUCCAAAUUUUAUGCUUAGCAAUCCACUGAAAACUAUAGAACCUUAUUAUUUUCCUGAAAAUUCAUAUGAACUUAUGGAUAAUGACAAUAACUAUAAUCGGUGGAUUGAUAAUCCUAUUAAUAAAGGAAUAAAUGCAGAAAUGAAGAACAAUGAAGAAUUAGAUCAUUUCAGUAAAAAAUUUCAGAAAAUGCUACGUUUAUCUGGGAAUCAUGAAAAAAAUGAGAACAUAGAAUCUAACAGAGAACAAGAAUUAGCAAAUAAAGUGAUGGAUGAUUCAAAUAAAGACAAUGGUGAUAUGGCUGCCAAAUUAUAUCAAGAUGAUUAUCUACUCUCAGGCAAAUAUAUUCAAGAACCAUUACUUGGUGAAACGUUACCUUCUGAAUUCCAAACACAACAACAAGAAGAAAUGAACAUACCGUCAAAAUCAGUCACUAGAUUACGUGCACAAAAAGUGGGGUCUGGAUCAUAUAAACCAUUGGAACGUAGAUGGAUUUGGAUUAAAUUUUUAAGUGGACCAAUAACCAAUCAAGAAGCACAACUCAUUGUACUUAAAAUAUCACAGGAUUUAAAGCUGACAUCUCCAAUUUCAUUUUUUUUCCUUGAUAAAUCGAGACGUGUAUUAUACUUUCAUGUUCCAUCUAGUGCUGGAGUGUCCGCUGAUACUAUUGUUGAUGCUCUUAAUACAAAUAUAAAUUUAAUAGAUGGUUAUCCAAUUGAAGAUGUUGGGUUUGGCCGUGGAGCUGUGAAUACAGUAAAUACAUAUUCCAGUACAAAUGCUCCUACUGCGUCCCCCCAACCAUCGCCUCUGCACCGUUCUGUCGACGAUGAAAGUUUAAAAAAUUUUGGUCAUUUAAAAUGGGAAAAAUAUACAAUGACAAUAAUUCUAUGUUCAAGCAUACUUACUGCAGUUAUUAUACUCACAGCAAUUUAUAUAGUUCAAAUAUGUCGAAAAAAGCGUAAAUCUAAAAGUGAAUCAAAUGAAAAAUUAUCAUGUCAAUUAGAUGAUUCACCUCAUUUAGAAUGUAAAAAGCUUGCACACAAUAAUAAUCUUUCUGGAUCUCAACAAAGUAGUGUUUCAUCAUGGUCAAGUGAACCAAUCCCAUGUAGUAUUGAUGUUCCAACUGGACAUAUAAUUUUAUCAUAUAUGGAAAAACAUUUACAAGAUAGAAAUCAGCUAACAGAUGAUUGGAAUUCAAUCGAUAAGUAUGUGUCUGAAGAAAAUAUUUUGUAUGAAGAAGGUAAAAAUCCUAAGAAUCAGUUUAGGAAUCGAGAAUGUGCACCAAUUCCAUAUGAACAAUCUCGAGUCAAACUUCGAUCUGGUGAUAACGAUUACAUUAAUGGAAGUUUAAUGUAUGAUACUAAUCCAAGAAAUCCUGUUUACAUUGCUACAAUUACGCCAACAGUUAAGUCAGUUCCAGAAUUUUGGUUAAUGGUUUGGGAACAAGGAUGUGUUGUAAUCGUUUGCUUGGAACGUAUUGAUGAAUUAAAAAAAAUGGAUGAAAUUGACCAGUUUGAAUUGAACGAUGCUUCAGUGAAAUAUUGGCCUAAUGAAGGUAGUCAAGUUUAUGGUUCUUUUGAAGUACACCUGGUUUCGGAACACAGUUGGAGCGAUAAUUACAUUAUUCGUUCAUUUUAUCUUAAAAGCAUUGUAACAAAUGAAACACGUACUGUUACACAAUUCCAUUAUCUUACAUGGAAGGAUGAGAAUUUGAAAGAAAAUAGUAAGCCUAUGCUGGAAUUCAGACGGAAGGUCAAUCGUUCAUUCCGUGGAAUGAUGAGCCCUAUUGUGGUUCACUGCCGUGAUGGAUGCGGACGAACAGGUGCAUAUAUUUUAUUAGAUUUGGUCCUGAAUCGUAUCACUAAAGGUGUUAAAGAAAUUGACAUAGCUGCUUCACUGGAACAUCUAAGAGAUCAAAGGCCAGAUAUGAUUAAAACAUUGGUAAGUUUCUUAUUUUUUGUAAAAGAAAAGGGACUAAAUAUUGUCCAAUUCAGUUCUUGUUCAUUCCAAUUCUUAGGUUUUAGAUCCUAAGAAUAUGAAAAAAUAAUGAGAUAUUACCAUUUAAGUGAUAUAGAUUUAGUUAGAUGGUGCGUGCAUGGAUCUGUAGUUUCUAUUAGCUAUUUUGAAUACAAAAAGCUCCUUUCUGUUGAAGUUAUCGUUUUUUAUUUUAGCAAACGUGCAAUUUUAGGUGACGAGCUAGUUCUAUCGUUAGUCAAUGAACAGGAAACUAUGCGGCUGUUUCUAUUGUUUGUAAGCAAGUAUCCCAGAAGGGACGUACCUGAAACAGUUAACCAUAUCGAGACCGAGUAUACCUUCUCAGAUCAUGAUAAUUCUCUUGAAUGAACCAGUGCAACCGUUUGGUUAUCCAUCUAAAAUUGUUACUAUAUUUUGUGAUGUACAGCCGAUGUCGCGAAUUAUACUUAUGUGAAGGCAAGAUAGCUUGUCCUUACGACAUGGAACAAUCAAGAAUGUUAACAGUCUGUGAUCUGAUUUUUUAUCGAAACCUUAGGACCAGUAUGCGUUGCAUCCAACUACUUGUAUCUUUUAGUAGUAUGAUUUCCAUAUUAAUGUAGACAUUUUAUUACCUUCUUAUGCACAGUGGAAAUCUUACUUGCUUACUAAUUGAUGACAAAUUCUGGAACAGAUUUUUUGAUAUAGAAAUUCUUUGAUUUCCACGAAUGAUUGAUAUUACGAAAUUUAACUGCCCGAACAGCCUCCAGAUUCAGUAUACAGGGUGAAGAAAGCCGUUUCAUGUAUUCAUAUGACACUGCAAAUUAGAAAACAGAUCGCGACUUGAUUUAAACUAAGUCGUCCCUAUAUUAUUAUGAAUGAAAUGUUCUAUGAUUCAGUUUGAAUUAUAUUACCUGAAUGUUGUGUGGAACAAGCACAUAAAUGUGCUAACUUGAUCGUAUGGAGAACGAUUAUUUUACUACUUAAGUAUGACUAGGAG